AUGGCCGACACGUCGCAGUGCUUCACCUGUCGUAAGGAGGCGAUGACCAAAGACCUCAAGCGUUGCUCACGCUGCCGCGGUGCCCUCUACUGCAACUCGCAAUGCCAGACGAAGGACUGGCCGAGCCACAAGAAGCUCUGCAGCGAGUCGGAUCGAUGGUAUGACAAGUACCGCGGGUGCCGUGAUGGCUCGAUGCACGAGGGCGAGUUGGAACUCAUAACCUGGGAAUACAGUAACACAGAUCCCGAGGACGGCGAUCGCAUGGGCUGGGGGAACGUUCUGCUCGAGGAGGCCGAGUACCUGAAGCGCCAAUUCGAGGUGGACUGCAAGGGCAAGCAGUCCCUCUUCUUCAAGAAGUGGCCCCAGGGCUUCCGAUGGACGUGUUGCGGCACGGACGGCGAGAUGAACUACGGCUGCGACCACCACGGGACAGGGAGCAAGCCGUGCACCUGUGACUUCUGCCGUAUGGGCAAGCCACUGCCUGACAGCAUCUACUGCGAGCAGACCGGGCCACGUAUGGGUCUCAAGCUCCCGCGCGGCCCAGACCCUCGGUCAGUCCAUUCCUCAUACGUACGACAGUGA